AUGCCGCUUUUGACCACUGAUAUGAAUCUCAAAGGUGCUUUACAAAAAGCUAACCUCAUUCCUGAAGUGAUCAAUGAAAGUUUCUCUCCUUCGACUCUGUUGCAAGUGACCUAUCCAAAUGAUCGUGAAGUGACAUUAGGCAAUACUUUGACGACCGAUGAAACAUCCCAAGCUCCAGAGAUCUUUUUUGUUCCUCCCGAACCAGAAGCAUCGUAUACGUUGGUCAUGACCGACCCUGAUGCACCAUCCACCACUGAUCACCAAUUUGGCCCAUGGAGACAUUGGAUAGCCGUCAACAUUUCAGGAUCGAAUGUUGCAGAGAUCAAAGAACAUCAUACGCCUUACAUUGGCCCAGGCCCAGGCCCCAACACUGGAUUGCAUAGAUACCUUUUUCUCUUAUACAAACAGCCAUCAGCCAACCAAAACUUUCAAUCCAUGGCCCAUGAGAACAAGCAAGACCGACGCUGCUUUGAUCUUACCAAGUUUGUAUCAGAGCAUCAGCUUGAGCUUGUAGCAGCCAACUUCUUUUUAUGUGCCAAUUCUAGCAACUAA